AUGGCCUCCAUGAAUUUCACAAUGGAUUCAGUUUCUGUCUUAAACCCUAAACUCAACCACACCCGUCCCUCUCUCCCAUCCCAUUCUCCAAGGUUUCGCUCUUUACUCAAUACCCGCACUUUCAAACUCUCCCUCCCCCGUUACGCUCUCAAUACACGCAAACCGUUAACCGUCACUUUCUCCGCCGCGCCGCAACACGACUCGGAUCACGGUGAAGUCCAAGUUGAGAAAGGGAAUGAUGACGUUGAUGUUGGUUCCGAGGAGGAAUCAGAAUCACAGGAAGCAUGGAAGCAGACUUUGGAAACCUUCAAGGAGCAAGCGUUGAAGGUUCAAGGGGUUUCUCAGGAGGCUUAUGAAUUGUACUCGAAGAAGGCGGUUGUUAUUUUGAAGGACACUUCGGAGCAGUUGAAGAUACAUGCUGAUAAGGCCACAAAUGAUUUGAGUGUUGUGGCGAAGGAAAUUGCGGAAGAAGGGAAAGAGUAUUUGUCGUCUGCGGCCGAGAGUUCGCCGGAGGUCAAGGAGAUUGUGGAGACUUUUACCUCGCCGGAGGAUGAUCUUACCAGUGUUUCGGGAGUCAGGGACUUUUAUGUUGGGAUUCCCUAUGGUUUGCUACUAUCUCUGGGUGGCUUCCUUUUCUUUAUGAUAACAGGGAGCCUUGCAGCAAUAAGGUUUGGGGUGAUCUUAGGCGGUGGUCUGUUGGCUCUAAGCAUUUCAAGUCUGAAAUCGUAUAAAAAAGGACAGCCCAAUUCUAUAGCUUUGAAGGGCCAGACAGCAAUAGCAAGUAUCUUGUUUCUGCGGGAGAUUAGCUCAGUUGGCAGAGGAUCAACUUAUUUCACUGCCUUGAUCAGUGGUGCAGUAGCAGCGUUUUACGUCUAUAGACUGGUUUUGGAAGGUAAACCACAAAAAGGUUCAAACUUGGAAGGUGAAGCAGGAAACUAG